AAUGGUGGACAUGUGCAUACAUACAUACAUAAGCAACUAAAAAGCUUUAAGAAAGAAGGGAAAAAAAAACAAGAUCCACCUUUCUCUUUGGAUUUUCAUCUGUGCUCUUGGAGCAGAUUCAGUUCCCCCUCCCCCCAAAAUUUAGGGUUUCGAUUUGUUGUUUUUUUAAUUGUAAUUAAUUGUUAUAGUUACUGUUUAAUUUGUGAAUAAUAUAAGUAAUAAUUAUGAGAGAAAUUGAGGAUUCCUCCAAUUUGUUUGGAAAAUGGGAAGAAGAGCUGCCGUCGCCGGAGGAGCUUAUGCCUCUUUCACAAACCCUAAUUACCCCCCACCUUGCCCUUGCUUUCGACAUCCCGAAUCCAAACCACCGUCAACGGAAACACCCGCCGCCUCCGCCGCCGCCUCCCCCGGCCGAAUUCGCCGGUGAUUCCGGGGACUUGGGAUCCGGAGCGGGCGGUGACGAGCCGGCGCGAACACUCAAACGGCCUAGGCUCGUCUGGACCCCGCAGCUCCACAAGCGAUUCGUUGACGCCGUGGCUCAUUUAGGGAUCAAAAACGCCGUCCCAAAGACCAUAAUGCAGUUGAUGAGUGUUGAUGGGUUGACCAGAGAAAACGUCGCUAGUCAUUUACAGAAAUAUCGUCUCUAUUUGAAGAGAAUGCAAGGGUUAUCCGGCGGUGGCGGUGCAAACGGCGGUGCUGCGUCUGAUCCGGCGACUGACCAUUUGUUUGCCAGUUCACCCGUUCCUCCUCACUUCCUUCAUCCUAGUAAAGGUAGCUCAGAGCCUUUCUCCCCAUUCGUAUCAGUUCCAGGACUACAACACCAUCAUUACCAACAACAGCAACACCAGCUAGCGGCGGCGGCCGCAGUCGGGCAUCCACAUUUGCUAACUCAGUAUCAUAAGCAGAUAGGGCAUUUUGGGUCAUCACCAAAUGGUCAAUUUGAGCAUCCCUUCUUAGCCAAGCAACCACCACCAUCAAUCCAUAGAAUGGGAGGUACACCCUCACACAAUCAAGUACCAAAUAAUUAUGUUGAAGAUUUGGAAUCUGCUAAUGGCAAUGGUGGAAUGAAGGUAUUAACUUUAUUUCCACCAAGGGAUGACUGAUUCAAAAAAAAAUUAACUAAUUAUUGAGUGUCAUUGAAACUUUUCUUCUUUUAUGUGAUUAGUCCUUUUGUUUAUGUUUUUCAUCAUAUAUAGGGUCUUUGAUGCAUGGAUAUUUGGGAAAUCAGCUCAUGUUUACUUACAUUUAGGUGUUUGCUUGUCUAAGAAGUUCUCUUCAGCCAUAAAAGGUGAUUUUGAGGCAAAAGUAACUAAGUUUUGAGCUUGGAAGACGAAAAUAUACUUAUUGGGCUGAUCGGGUUGGUUUUGUGUCGGGUUAACUAGGGUUUAAAUUCAAGUCGUUUAUUGGGUCGGCUUUGGAUUGUUUUAAGUCUGGGUUAUCCGGGUUAUUCAGGGUCGGAUUGUUGACUUUUUAUUAUGCCUUAAGUCAUGAUUUAGUCCUAUAUUGCACUCAUUUUUCUCACUCUAGUACCUAAACCCUUUUUUUGUCUCUCUUUGAUACUUGAACUAUCAUUCUAGUUUCAAUUUACCCCAACAUAAAAGUAGCCAAUGAGAAUGUGACAACAACACAUUCUUAUUAGACACUGGUAAUUUUUGAGGUAAAAUGGGACGAAAAUGAUGGUUCAUGUAUCACAACGGGACCAAAAAAAAGCUUAGAUACCAAAGUGGAAAAAAAAGUACAGUUCAAGGUCAUUGUGAAUUAAGCUUUUGAUUAUCAAUAUAUAUUAGGUCAAGUUUGAACUCUAGUCGGAAUUGACAAGUCCGAAAUAAUGCUCACAGUCCCUAUUUCUUCGUAGUUCAGUGUAAUGUAGAGGUAAAUUGUACAUUGUGGGACUCCAUAGAACACUUGUUUUGUUUUCUUAUUUUCUAAUGUUAAUCCCUCCAUGAACAUAA